UACAGUUAUUGCCGUUAGCCGUGAACGCCAUCUUGGAUCUAGAAGGUUUCUAAACGGGGAAAACAGGAAAAGGGACAGGAAAAUAGAUACUUUCGUUCUUAUUUUGUAAUUUCCCCAACUGGCUGAUGAUGAAGAAACACGAGUCAUGACGUCGCCUCUUUAUUUGCUGAUAUAGUUAAAAUCCGUAAAUCUGAGAGGAUUGUGGACUGAGGAAAUUUCCGCAGUUUACUGUAACUUGGUUUGUUUAUGUUAUUCAACCCGGACAUGGACUCUUCUAACCCAGACAUACCAGAUGACUCUCUGGGUUUGGGAGCCGGUGGGGCCCAGGCAAGCAGCAGUGCUGUUGUGCCAAAAGGGUCCAAUAAGAGACGAGCUGCGCCAGACUUCGAUGAUGAUGAUGAUGAUGGAAGCAAGCUCUUCAGGUGUGAUGACGAUGGAGGAGGAGGAGACAAAGAGCGAUUUGCCAGGGAGAACCACAGUGAGAUUGAGCGGCGGCGGAGGAACAAGAUGACUGCUUACAUCACAGAGCUGUCGGACAUGGUUCCCACCUGCAGCGCGUUGGCACGGAAACCAGAUAAGCUGACCAUCCUGCGCAUGGCCGUGUCCCACAUGAAGUCUCUGAGAGGGAGCGGCAACACUGCAGCAGACGGGACAUACAAACCAUCCUUCCUCACCGACCAGGAGCUGAAGCACCUGAUCCUGGAAGCUGCUGAUGGCUUCCUGUUUGUGGUGUCGUGUGAGAGUGGGCGGGUCGUCUACGUGUCAGACUCUCUGACCCCUGUUCUUAACCAAUCACAGUCCGACUGGCUAGGCUCCUCACUCUACGAUCAGCUCCACCCGGACGACGGAGACAAAUUACGCGAGCAGCUCUCUACUGCAGAGAGUAACAAUACAGGGAGGAUGUUAGACCUGAAGACAGGAACAGUUAAGAAGGAGGGACAGCAGUCCUCCGUCAGGAUGUGUAUGGGAGCCAGACGAUCCUUCAUAUGUAGGAUGAGAUGUGGUUCGUGUCCAGUGGAGCCCAUGUCUAUGAACAGAUUGAAUUUCCUGCGGAGCAGGAACAGGAAUGGUCUGGGCCCACCCAAGGAUGGAGAGCCUCAGUAUGUGGUGGUCCACUGCACUGGAUACAUCAAGUCCUGGCCCCCCACAGGGGUGAAUCUAACAGAUGAGGAAGCAGACAAUAUUCAGGGGAGUCGCUACUGUCUAGUCGCCAUCGGUAGACUUCAGGUGACCUCUUGCCCGAGCGACACAGACAUGAACAGCAUCAGCGUUCCGGUGGAGUUCAUCUCUCGUCACAACUGCCAGGGCCUCUUUACCUUCGUAGACCACCGCUGCAUGGCCACAGUGGGCUACCAGCCUCAGGAACUGCUGGGUAAGAACAUCUUGGAGCUGGCCCACCCUGAGGACCAGGAGCUGCUGAGAGACAGCUUCCAGCAGGUGGUCAAGCUGAAGGGUCAGGUGCUGUCCGUCAUGUUCCGCUUCCUGUCCAAGACCAGAGACUGGCUCUGGAUCAGGACCAGCUCCUUCACCUUCCAGAACCCCUUCUCUGAGGAGAUAGAGUACAUCAUCUGUACCAACGCCAACGUCAAUAGAACCUCGACUCAGGACACCCUCACCCCCCUCUCGUCCUCAGGGGUGUCUUUGCCCCCCUCGCUGGGGGAGAGCAGUCCUAACUUCCCCCCUGUAUCCCACAGCCCAGGGCAGGUGGCUGCCAGACAGUUGCAGCAGCAGCAAGCAGAGUUGGGGGGAGGAGGGAGAGAUGGUCUGUACGAGGCAGGACAGGUUACACUUCCACAGAUGCCUGUCCAGGCCGUGACCGCAGCUGGAACUGACCACAGUAAGACCAGGGACAAGGCAGAGAUGCACCCCUCCAUGUACCCCAACCCAGACCAGGCCAAGUUCCUGCCCUCCACCUCUGCCCCCGGAGUGCCCAUCUACCCUCAGGACAACAACUACACCACUGCCAACCGCUCCAACGACACAUACAGCAGGUCAGUAGGGAUGGCUCAGAUGGUGCAGCCAUCCCACUCCGCAGGCCAGGGGAUGGCUCAGAUGGUGCAGCCAUCCCACUCCGCAGGCCAGGUGCUGGCUCAGAUGGUGCAGCCAUCCCAUUCCCCAGGCCAGGUGCUGGCUCAGAUGGUGCAGCCAUCCCACUCCGCCGGCCAGGUGCUGGCUCAGAUGGUGCAGCCAUCCCACUCCGCAGGCCAGGUGCUGGCUCAGAUGUCCCGUCAGAACGGGGCACCCCCCUCCAACAGCAGCCCCCUACAGGGAGGGGCAGCGGUGAGCUGGCCGGGGCCAGCAGCAGGGGCUAGACCCCCCUUCAACAACCAGCAGGUGGUGCCCCAGGCAGGGAAGACCCUGUCUCCCCAGUUUGCCAUGGGGAGUUUUGUUGGGGGCUCUUCCUCCUCAUUUGGGGCGAUGCCCACCACUGCCGCUCCGACCCCCACCAUGGGGGCUAACUACCCAAAUAUCAACCCCCGCGCCAGCCUCAAUACCAACGGAUACGAUGGCUUGGGGUCGGGGCCGCAGUUCCCCUCCAGGGCAGCGGAGGCAGUGUGGCCCCAGUGGCAGGGCCAGCAGCAAGCUCAGAACAGGGCAGAGCAGCACCCCCACACACAGAACAACCAGCCUGACAUCUUUCCUGAUGUUCUCGCCAUGCUGGACCAGCCGGCCAACUUCAACAACGAUGACUUUGAGAUUCCCAUCUACCCCUCUUUCAACGAGUGACCCCACAUACACUCUUCCACUUACCUCCUCUGUCUCUCAAAUGUCUCCUUCUCUCUCAUUUGGUGCACUUUUGCUCUCUUUCUUCGCCUUUCGUGAUCCAAAGAGAACAUGUCUAAUUAUCGCUCAGAUGAUUGUACUGCCAGGGUGGAGAAAGCGAGUUAAUCAGGGAAAAGAGAGUGAAAUCAAGUAUAGGUAUGCAAAUGCAGGUUCAAUAAACACGUGAAAGGGGGAGAGAGAGAGAAGAGAUUCAGGGUUCAGCGAUAGUUGGGCAAAUGUAAAAAUAACAUCUGUAGCGAGCACUGCCCAAGCUCCACAGCCAGUGGAUUUGUUGUAGAGAUGUAACACACCUGAGCAUGCACAAGGCCCUGAGGCAGGCACUGCUUCACCAGUAACACACAAACAUGGCCUUUCACUAACCGAGUCAGCUGUGUGUUUAGAUCUAUGCUGCUCCACUGGUCUGUACAUCAUAUGGAUAGAUCAGUCCAAUCAUUCACUUGAAGUCUCAGGCAAUCCAGGUGAUCUACAGCUUUGGGGGAAUAUGUGGGAAUAUAUAUAUAUAUAUAUAUAUGGGAAUAUUCUGAUCUGAAGCCUGUGAAUAUCCUCUAUCUGCUCCCCUCGCUGUUUUAGCUUAGCAACCCGUAGCAUGUUCAAAAGGACACUGUCCUCACGCAGACAGAUUUAUACGAAUACUGUACAAACACUUUUAUAUUUGUACACAGUGUACAUUGACGAUGUCACCUAUCAAUGUGGUUAUGGUGGUUUCAGGUGGAAAAGAGGGAGAGAUCUCUAGGACUAGUGAGGGGGAGAGAGAUGUCUAUGACUAGUGAGAGGGAGAGAGAUGUCUAUGACUAGUGAGGGGGAGAGAGAUGUCUAGGACUAGUGAGGGGGAGAGAGAUGUCUAUGACUAGUGAGAGGGAGAGAGAUGUCUAGGACUAGUGAGGGGGAGAGAGAUGUCUAGGACUAGUGAGGGGGAGAGAGAUGUCUAUGACUAGUGAGAGGGAGAGAGAUGUCUAGGACUAGUGAGGGGAGAGAGAUGUCUAUGACUAGUGAGAGGGAGAGAGAUAUGUAGGACUAGUGAGGGGGAGAGAGAUGUCUAGGACUAGUGAGGGGGAGAGAGAUGUCUAGGACUAGUGAGGGGGAGAGAGAUGUCUAGGACUAGUGAGGGGGAGAGAGAUGUCUAUGACGAGUGAGGGGGAGAGAGAUGUCUAUGACGAGUGAGGGGAAGAGGGGGAUAUGAAACUACAACCUGAUGUAUUCCUACAUAUACCCAGUAUAUAAGUCAACUGUUUAUAUACGGUUAUAUGUCUACUGGAGGUGUUUGUAUAACUUUAUUGAUCUCAACCUGAAUGCACAGCAAUCCCAGGGUCCCUUUCUCACUCUUUUGUAUUCCUUCCUCUGUUGCCCAGGGUUACCCAGCACACUCUUCCUCAAUCACCCUCCCAAGUGUGUUUUUUUUCUCUUCUACUUACACUCGGAAAAGGAAAAUGAAAAGAAGACAUUGGAAAGCAAUAAUUUACAAGCAGGAAUGAUGUUAUUUUUUAAAGCCAUUCUUUAUUGUUGUCCUACAUGUUUUUAUCUUGAUUAUUGUUCUUGAAUAUGGAAAUACACAGGAAAUAGUAAUGAUUUUAUUGACUGAUGUUUUUAUUUUCUGGCCUUUUGAUUGGCUCUUCCUGUUUUGUAGCCAUCGCCAUUGCUACUUCGUGAUAGGUUGUUUUUGAUGUGCAUUGAUCAGGGCAUCUUGUUCAGGACAGAAAGGUCCUGUUUAGAAUUGACAAGAUUCCUCAUUCAACAUGACACAGAAUCAUGCCAUGAUGUUUGGCCUGAAAUUCAAGUCACUCUAAUCAUGUUCCAAACACAUGAGGUUGGCAAUUAAUACACUUUUCUUUUUUGCAGUAGUUUCAAUCAAAGUUCAUCUUUAUCAAGAUAGUUUGACAUUCAUAAAUAUGAUCUGAAUCAAACAUUUGUUUUCUGAAAUCGAUUGUGAUGUUUAGUAAGUCACUAUAACACUCUUAUACAGGGAAACAAAGAAUUCUGAUUGGGCAACAGAGGGCUGUGAAUUUUAAGGUUCGGAAAUACAAAAAUUGUUAUUGUGUAGGCCUUUCAUUUGAAGUCUGAUAAUGUAUACAUGUCUGUGAGAGUAAUUCACAGACUUGCCGAAACAUGUCAAUUGUAUGUAAACCCAUCAUGUGUCAAUAGUCACAUGAUGAAAAUGGCAGUUUGAUGACUGUGUUGUCUUGUUAUUGUUUUAAACCACUUUGGUUGUUCCCUGUCCAGGUUUUUACAGUGACGUGAGCUGCAGUUUAUAUAGACGUGAGCUGCAGUUUAUAUAGACGUGAGCUGCAGUUUAUAUAGACGUGAGCUGCAGUUUAUAUAGACGUGAGCUGCAGUUUAUAUAGACGUGAGCUGCAGUUUAUAUAGACGUGAGCUGCAGUUUAUAUAGACGUGAGCUGCAGUUUAUAUAGACGUGAGCUGCAGUUUAUAUAGACGUGAGCUGCAGUUUAUAUAGACGUGAGCUGCAGUUUAUAUAGCGCACACAGAUACACAAAUAUAGGAAUGGAUAUGAAAUGUUAAACAAGAGAAAGUGAAAUGUUUGGUUUUUCUAUUAAAUUGUUAUAUUGUCAAGAA